UUCAAGUGCAAAGACAACUAACUACAAGCAUGGAGCUCGUCGCCCGCCAUGGCCGCGCGCUCUUCGGCAGCGCCCUCUUUGGACCUUCGCCGCUUCCGCCGCUCCCGCCGCUUCCGCCGCUCCCGACGACGCCGUCGCCGCCAUCGUCGCACCGCCCGAGCAUGAACCUCGACUUGUCGCCGCAAGGCGCCGAGAUCACCUUGUCGUUUGAGAAGAAGCCGCUCGGCAUUGGCCUCGUGCCGUCGACGCAGCUGUACGGUACAUGGGAAGUGAGCUCGGUGCCGCCGACCGCGCCGCUGGGCCUUGAGAAGGGCGACGUCUUGAUGGCGGUCAACGACGACCGGUCGGUCACAAGCCUCUCGAACGACGCCUUUCGCCGCCUCCUCGCCAAGACCAAGGUGCCGCUGACAAUCACAUUUCGCAAGCCCAAGCUCUACGGGCACUGCGACUCGCACUCGACGUCGACGGCGCUCUUCCCGCAGUCGUACGAAUACAGCAAUGGCACGCCGCAUGGCCGCCAGCAAAAGUCGUGGAACACGCGCGUCUCGGCCGACCAGUGGCGACAUGUCAUGGCCCGCGACGACCUCGACGAGAGCGAUCCCCCUACAGAUCGCGACGAGCUCGGCGAAGUGACCAUUACGAUUCCGUCCAAGCCACUGCAGAUGGCGCUGGCGCCGUCGACUCGCAUUUACGGCACGGUCGAGAUCUUGGACCCGGAAGCGCACUUUCCGACGCUUCGAGCCGGCGACGUCCUUCUCGAGAUCAACAACGAACCGUGCACGGCGUGGUCCAUCGACCAGCUCGACCGCUAUCUUCAAGUGACGCCGGCGCCGCUGACCAUGACGUUCCGGCACCCCGAGCUCUUCCAGAGCUACUUGACGACGAUCGCAGCGUCGCCCAAGCCGGUCGCGUCGGGCUCGACGGUGCAUGCGAUGUUUCCGCACUCGCGCGAGUACAAGCUGCACAGUGCGGCGCUGAGCCCUGUCCACAAGGCGCCACUCUAUGACGUCCAACACUGGCAGAACGAAGCGCGCAAGCUGAGCAAGAACGGCUGGCUGCAGCUGCACCCACGGUCCGAGAUCCUCAAGGUCAACCACGUCGAGUGUCUACGCGACGCGUUGCCGUUCCAUCUGCAAGACACGAGCCUCCAGCUCCUCUACAGUACGCAGAUCCACGGCUUUAGCCUCUUGCAACUGUUUGCGCUUGUGGCUGGGCGAGGCCCGACGAUUUGUGUCGUCAAGGACACGUGCGACCGCGUCUUUGGAGCAUUCUCCUCGUGCUCGCUCCAGCAAACCAGAAAAGUGUAUGGCAACGGCCGCACCUUUGUCUUUAGCUGCGCGCGGGGCAAGAAGCCGCGCGUGUACGCGUGGUCGGGCGGCGACAGUGCGUUCAUGUACAACGGGCCCGACUGCCUCGUGUGGGGCGGCGGCCCGAAAGGCCUUGCGCUCUGCCUGCACAUGGAAGACGAGCGCGGCUUUUCCCAGCAGUGCACAACGUUCAGAAACCCCCCGCUCGCCGGGUCGGACGAAAUGUUCAAGAUUUGGGCCGUCGAGAUUUGGGGCUUCAAGGGCAUUCGGCUCUAGUCGGCGUCUUGCGUUGGUGCUGUUGACAACCAUUUUAUAUAUUUUUUUAAUAUUAUCGCAUGUGGAGAAUA